GCCCUCGGAUGGGAAGCGAUCCUUAUCAAGAUUUGACCUUGCCUGCCUGCCUCCUAUGGCAGCAACGCAGCACAAAAGGACCAGUGCCGCCGCAUCCACUCACAAAGUCGCGCUGUCCUUGCCUGCCGUCUCGUUUCCAUUCGGACCCUCUCUGAGCAGCAAGCGAAGGGCCAACAAACCCUCAUGUCCGUCCAAUGUCUGGCCUCGCCUGCAAGGUCUGGGCGGAGGGAACAAGCCAACCGAGACAAUAAUCCAGCGCCAUGCCUCUCGUGUGAGUCCCUUGCUUCGGGGGGGGGGGGCAGUGGCUUCCAUUACCUUCACCCCGCGAUGAAUUCUGAUCUAUCCAUUGGAUUGAAGGGGGCCACCAUCUUGUCUUGGGGCGCGAUGCGCAAAGACAAACGCGGUAGGACCUGCAUCAUCAGGCAUCCUAGUCGUCGUCUCGUUCCCUCCUGCAAACCGCCCACCCGUAUUCCUGCUGGAAGGACAUCCGCGGAGCCAUGGUCGUUCUGUGCCUUGGCACACAACUAUUCUGCUUCUUGCAUCUCAUCCAAGACCUUGAAUGCUCCAUCCCGCGGUGACAUCACCAGUGACACCCAAAGGGUGCGCAUGGAUUGGUCACGCGAGCCUGUCAUUCUAAUCAGUCUUGUUGCGACAGAGUGAGCACCAAAGCAGGUCCUUCGAACCAAGGCGUGAAUUUGGGUUCAAUACCUCCCGCCACUUCCGCACUGGGUCUCCGGGAUGGGUGCCGGGCUGGGGGUCUCGCUCGUGUCCCCGUUCACUCGCCCGAUCAGUUGACGACGGACUGCGACGGAAAAGUUGGCUAGGCCUGGGCUGGCCUGGGGUUUCUUAUCACA